UCUUUUCACCUCCCUCUCUCUCUUUCCAUCUCUCUCUCUCUCUUUCCAUCUCUCUCUCUCUCUCUCUCUCUCUCUCCCCGCUUCCUAAUGUCCUGCUGCUGCCGCUGCUGCUCCUUAUCUUCACUUAGCACAGCGCCGCUCCUCUCCUCCAUACACCCUCUUUGCCGUCCUCACCGUCUUUCAAGGACAGACUCUCUCGCACAUACCCCUCGCAGAGUGUGAUAUGCACAUUGAUCGUCCGCUUCUUAUCUCUCUCUCUCCUCCAAUCCAUACCCGGCAAACAAUUGCCUGCACACACCAUGUCGACCACUACACCCCCAUAUCCCACCACCACCACCACGGCAGCACCCUCUGCUUCAAACUCAAUAGCGCCGCCCAAUUCCACCUCCACUUUCACCACCUAUACCCCCACAACCGCUCUUCUGUCGCCCUCUGCUACACCUAGCAACAGCCACAACAACGGAUCAGAUGGAUCGAAUGGCUCCUUCAACAACCCGAACACCACUGGAUUCAACGGCGGAUUGCCUAUCCAGUCGGUCUUCUACGUCAUUGCCUUCCUUGGGCUGAUGAUGGCCAUCUUCUAUACCAUCUAUAUCGCCCGCCGAAACCGUCGCCGUCGUCGUGCCGCCCGCGCCGCGAGGAAUGACAAUGAUCCUGAGAUGGGCGAGCGUAGGAUCACAAGCACAUGGCGCUCAGAUGCCAACGAUGAAGCAAGCCCUCCCCAGUACAUGUCGUACAUGUUGGACCAGCCCGUCCUCGACCCAGAGUCCGUGGUCGUGUAUCCGGACCCUGUCCACUUUGGAACCGCACAGCAGGGUCUGAUCCAGCACAUAGCUCUUCUGGGGCAGCAUCAACAGGAGUGCGACCUUUCAUCACAGGACAAUGACUUGACCCGCCCCAUCGUCACCACCACAACCACGACUACAACAACCACAACGUUGACCACGGCCCUGUCUCCUCCUCCACGCUCGUUCGCGCCGAUUGUUUCCUCCGCAGCAGCGCAGCAGUCUUCUGCAGACAGGUGCGAUGUUAAUCAACUUAUCACGGAAGAAGUCUCAACCCCAGCUGUCUCAACCCCACAAGACCCAGAGUCAUCAACACCAACAUCAACAUCAACAACAACCUCGCCGACCUCGUCUGGACUUGCGUUCUUGGGCGGAAGACAUCUAUCGAUUCUGCGUAUGGGACUCACGAACUACAGCCGUGGUCAUCACAACAGUAACCGCAAUUCCCAGGUCUCCCAUCGCACUAGUCGUUCUUCGCCACCGUCUUCCAGCAAUCCAUCUCCGACAGCCUCCAGAUCUGCGUCCCCUCAUCGCGGCAGCAACAGCAACAGCAACAGCAAUCGGAACUCCGACGUCCCGACUGUUUCGUUCGCAAGGCCCGAUUUGGACUCUAGUGCCAACCGCGACGACAACAGCAACAGCAGCAGCAGCAGCAGUGGUACUGGUAAUGGCGAGAACAACCGCUUUUGUGAGAGCAUUGUCAGCAUCGACACUGUCGGCAGCAGCAGCGCGAUGACGGAGCGGAGCGAGAGCAGCCGGUCGGGUUUGGUGAUGCCUCCGGGACUAUACCGCCACAGGAGUACGGGUCCACCACCGUAUAUCCCCCUGUCACCCGAGGCGGCCCCGCCACUGCCUCCGUCCUACAACGCGGUUGCGUCUGACAUCUAAGUAAUUUACGUCUUAGUAAUUUAUGGGAUGACUCUUUUGUUAGCCCUUGUACCAUAUAUUCUCCCAUUGCAUCUUUCUUGUAUCUAUCUACACUCUAU